AUGAUUGCAAGCAGAGCAUCCCCUUCCGAGUGCACGGAGGUCACGCCUGACUGUCCGGUGGAGGAGACCAUCUACGGCUAUGCCCCCAAUGCCGCGGCAAGCUAUGCUUUUUGCAUAAUAUUUGGGAUUUGCGCCUUGAUACAGGUGGUUCAGAUGAUAAAGUGGCGGACCUGGUCCUUUGGCGUGGCCGUGUUUCUGGGGGCUAUCUCUGAGGUUGCUGGAUAUGUUGGUCGCAUCCUCUUGCACAAUGAUGCUUACUCCUCUAUGGGAUUUGAGACCCAGAUUUGCACUCUCACCAUGGCUCCAGCAUUUUGGUCGGCUGCUAUUUACUUGACCUUGAAGCACGAAGUGAACAUUCUGGGCCCUAAGUUCUCCAUUCUGAGGGCCAAGUGGUAUCCAUUUAUUUUUGUGACGUGUGAUUUAAUCUCGCUGUCAUUGCAAGGUGCUGGUGGCGGACUUGCUGCUACAGCAACUACCGCCCAGGGGAGCGCAGUUGGGAGCGAUAUCAUGCUGGCCGGAAUUGUCUGGCAAGUUGCUACCUUGACAGUGUUUGGAAUUCUUUCUGUCCAGUUUUUUCUCCGAGUUAAGGGAGCACCCAAGUAUCAAUUGUCUGUGGAUGCCCAGAAGCUGUGGAAAAGUCGCAAAUUCUGGUUCUUCUGCUGUGGUAUUGUAGUCGCUUUCACUACCACUUAUAUCCGUUGUGUCUACCGUAUCGCAGAAAUGGCUGGUGGUUGGAGAAAUUCUAUUAUGCAGGAUGAGUCCGGGUUCAUUGUUUGCGAGUCGAUAAUGUGUGUUCUGUCUGUGGUAGCUCUUUGCGUCGCGCAUCCAGGAUUCUGCUUUGAACAGAUGCGCGGAAAUUAUACGAAGGCAGUUGCUGAAACCGCGAAACUGCUGGAGGAAAAGACAGAGUACAACAAUGCAGUGUGA